AUGGUGGACAGAGGACCCUUGCUGACCUCGGCCAUCAUCUUCUACCUGUCCAUUGGGGCGGCGAUCUUCGAGGUGCUGGAGGAGCCGCACUGGCGCUCGGCUACCGACGACUACAAGCGGCAGAAGACGGAGCUACUCAAGCAGUUCCCUUGCUUGGGCCAGGAGGGGCUCGACAAGAUCCUGCAGGUUGUGUCAAAUGCUGCUGGACAGGGGGUUGCCAUCACUGGGAACAAUACUUUCAACAACUGGAAUUGGCCUAAUGCUGUGAUCUUUGCUGCUACUGUGAUCACUACCAUCGGUUACGGAAAUGUUUCCCCAAAGACACCCUCCGGGCGUCUCUUCUGCAUAUUUUAUGGGCUCUUUGGAGUUCCUCUCUGCUUGACAUGGAUCAGUGCUCUGGGGAAGUUCUUUGGAGGACGUGCCAAGAGGCUGGGCCAGUUUCUGACGAAAAGAGGAGUAAGCCUGAGGAAAGCACAAAUUACCUGUACAGCUAUUUUCAUUGUUUGGGGUGUUUUGGUCCAUCUGGUUAUUCCUCCCUUUGUCUUUAUGGUGACUGAAGGAUGGGAUUACAUUGAAGGCCUCUAUUUCUCAUUCAUCACCAUCACCACCAUAGGAUUUGGAGAUUUUGUUGCUGGUGUAAAUCCAGAGGCAAACUACCAUGCCCUUUACAGAUAUUUUGUGGAGUUAUGGAUCUAUCUGGGACUAGCUUGGCUUUCACUGUUUGUUAACUGGAAGGUCAGUAUGUUUGUGGAAGUUCACAAAGCAAUAAAGAAACGGAGGAAAAAGAGAAAAGAGUCAUUUGACAGCCAUCCUCGGUCUAAAAAAACCCUUCAAAUGGGUACAUCAAAGGAUGUCAACAUUUUCAGCUUCCUUUCAAAGAAGGAAGAAACAUACAAUGAUCUUAUUAAGCAAAUUGGGAAGAAGGCCCUGAAGACAAACAAUGACAAAAUGAUUAAAGUAGAAAAUGCCAAGCAAAAUAUGCAGAAUGCUAGUAUAGAUGCCCAGGUGAUUUACACAAAGGCAGAAUCAUUUGAAUACGAUGAGACUGCCCUGGACAUUGAAAAUGGUCAUGUCCUGAGACCCCUGCAUGAUAAACGUAUUGGAGACAGUCCUCUAGAAGGAACCAUUUUUGUAAACCAGCUAGAUAGGAUUAGUGAAGAAGAAGGUGAAGCAUGGGAUUCCAGAGACUAUCGACCCUUAAUAUUUGAGAAUGCCAAUAUAACAUUUGUAAAUGAAGAUGAUGAUGAUGAAGAGGAGGAGGAUAUGUCAGAUGACGAGGAAACGUCAAAAUCCUCCAUGGAUGAUAAUCUUGCAGAGGAAACUGAACCUGCAAACAAACUGGUAAAAUUCCCAUCCUCUGAUGAAUCUACCUUUACCAAUAAUGACCUGGAACUUUCUGUGCCUUACGAACAACUGAUGAAUGAAUAUAAUACAGUAAGCAAUGUGAAGGCUGCAACGUGA